GAUGGUGAAGGAGGAGAGUGAAGAACUGAGUGAAGAUGAGGAGAAACAUCAUGUCAAACUUGUUGAAACUCACAGAAAGACUGAAGAAAGUUUUGUAAUGGAAAGAACAGCCGUGAAAGGUUUCACCUGCACUCAAUGUGGAAAGAGUUUCAGCCACGAAUACAAUCUCAAGCGUCACUUGCUGAUCCACACUGGAGAGAAACCUUAUCAGUGUUCAUACUGCGAGAAGAGCUUCAAUUAUUCAGGAAACCUGAAUAAUCAUGAGAGAAUCCACACUGGAGAGAAAACACACAGAUGUGAUCAAUGCAGGAAAACAUUUUUGAGUUCUUCAGAUCUGAAGAACCAUCUUAGAGUUCAUACAAACGAGAAGCCUUAUUCCUGUUCUGAGUGUGGAAUCAGUUUUACACUGCUGUCAUAUUUAAGAAAACAUGAUAAGAUCCACACUCGAGUGAAAGAGUUUGUCUGCUUUGAGUGUAAGAAGAGUUUUAUUAGAGCUGAACACUUGAAGCUGCACCAGAUGAUUCACACUGGAGAGAAACCGUACAAGUGUUCACACUGCGACAAGAGAUUCAGACGGUUACAAACAAUGAAAACACACGAGAUGAUUCACACUGGAGAGAAACCGUUCACAUGUACUCAGUGUGGGAAGAGUUUCAGGCAAUCAUCUUCCCUUAAUAAUCACAUGAGGAUCCACACAGGAGAGAAAACACACAAAUGUGAUCAGUGCGGUAAAAUAUUUUCGAGGCCUUCACAUCUGAAGAUCCAUCUUAGACUUCAUACUAAUGAGAGGCUUCAUUCAUGCUCUGAGUGUGGAAAGAGUUUCACAACACUGUCACAUUUUAGAGACCAUCAGAAGAUCCACACUGGUGUGAGAGAGUUUGUGUGCUUUUUAUGUAAGAAGAAUUUUUUUACAUCUGGAGACUUGAAAAAGCACCAGAAGAUCCACACUGGAGAGAAACCGCACGUGUGUUCACACUGCAACAAGAGAUUUACUACUUCAGGACAUCUUAAAGUACAUGAGAGAAUUCACACCGGAGAGAAACCGUACACGUGUACUCAAUGUGGGAAGAGUUUCACACAGUUAUCAAGCCUUAUAAAUCACAUGAGGAUCCACACCGGAGAGAAACCGUUCACAUGUACUCAGUGUGGGAAGAGUUUCACUCAGUUAUCACAUCACACAGCACACAUGAGGAUCCACAUUGGAGAGAAAACACACAAGUGUGAUCAGUGCGGUAAAACAUUUCUGAGGCCUUCAGAUCUGAAGAAACAUUUUAAAAGUUCAUACAAAGGAAAAGCUUUACCGUGCGUUCACAUCGAAAGCGGAGACAACGUCAAAGUAGCCGGAAGUCAUUCAUUUUCAAAAGUAGCCGGCAGCGAGGAGAAAAGCACGUUUAAUGUGGGAAUCUCUGCCGCCAUCAUUGAAAGACAAAGACAGAGUUUAUUGAAGGACAGUGAGAAGAUGAGUGAUCCAGACCCCUGCAGAAUUAAACAGGAAGAGACUGAAGAACUGAUAGAUGUGAUGGUGAAGGAGGAGAGUGAAGAACUGAGUGAAGAUGAGGAGAAACAUCAUGUCAAAACUGAAAUCGAAACUCAGACAAAGAAUGAAGAAAGUUUUAUAAUGGAUAGAACAACUGUAAAAUGUUUUACCUGCACUCAGUGUGGAAAGAGUUACAGCCACGAACACAGUCUCAAGCGUCACAUGAUGAUCCACUCUGGAGAGAAACCUUACAAGUGUUCAUAUUGCAACAAGAGCUUCAAUUGUUCAGGAAACCUGAAUAAACAUGAGAGGAUCCACACUGGAGAGAAAACACACAGAUGUGAUCAAUGCAGCAAAACAUUUUUUAAUUCAACAGAUCUGAAGAACCAUCUUAGAGUUCAUACAAAAGAGAAGCCUUAUUCCUGUUCUGAGUGUGGAAAGAGUUUUACACUGCUGUCAUAUUUAAGAAAACAUGAUAAGAUCCACACUGGUGUGAAAGAGUUUGUCUGCUUUGAGUGUAAGAAGAGUUUUAUUAGAGCUCAACAACUGAAGCUGCACCAGAUGAUUCACACUGGAGAGAAACCAUAUAAGUGUUCACACUGCGACAAGAGAUUCGGACGGUUAGAAACAAUGAAAACACACGAGAGGAUUCACACUGGAGAGAGACCAUACACAUGUUCUCAGUGUGGGAAGACUUUCAGGCAAUCAUCAUCCUUUUAUAAACACAUGAAGAUCCACACUGAAGAGAAAACACACAAAUGUGAUCAGUGCAGCAAAACAUUUUCGAGGCUUUCAAAUCUGAAGGUCCAUCUUAGAGUUUAUACAAAGGAGAAGCCUUAUUCAUGGUCUGAGUGUGGAAAGAGUUUCACAACACAAUCACAUUUUAAAGACCAUCAGAAGAUCCACACUGGAGAGAAACCGUUUGUGUGUUCACACUGCAACAAGAGAUUUACUACUUUAGGAAAUCUGAAAGUACAUGGGAGAAUUCACACUGGAGAGAAACCGUACACAUGUACUCACUGUUGGAAGAAUUUCUCACAAUUAUCAAACCUUUUAAAUCACAUGCUGAUCCACACUGGAGAGAAAACACACAAAUGUGAUCAGUGCGGUAAAACAUUUUUGAGGCCUUCAGAUCUGAAGAGACAUCUUAGAGUUCAUACAAAGGAGAAGCCUUCAUGAGUGUGGAAAGUGUUUUACUCAGCAAUUCCAUUUUAAAGCACAUCAGAAGAUCCACUCUGGAGAGAAACCAUACACGCACUCGUUGUUGGAGGAACUUUGCACGAUGAUCAACCCUUAAUGAACACAUGAAGAUCCACACUGGAGUGAAAAAGCUCAAAUGUGAUCGAUGUGGCAAAAAAUUUUGUUUUACAGUCUUAAGAAACAUCUUGAUCUUCACAGUGAGGAGAAGCUUUAGUCCUGCAUUUUGGUCCAGUUAGAUCUGAGUGCUGCAUUCGAUACUAUAUGUCACAGUAUAUUGUUGGACAGGCUUCACUCGUGGGUCUGUUGAUCUGGAUCUGUGUCAAACUGGUUUACAUCGUAUCUUUCCGAGCGCUCUGUUUGACCUUCUGUGAGCCAUUGCAUCAGGGUGUCCCACAGGGAUUAGUUCUGGGUCCACUUUUAUUUAGUAUUUAUAUGUUUCCUUCUGGGGAGGAUCAGUGGUUAACACUGUCGCCUCACUGCAAUAAGGGGACUUGUUCAAGUCCCAGCUGGGCCAGUUGGCAUUUCUGUGUGGAGUUUGCAUGUUCUCCCCAUGUUGGCGUGGGUUUCCUCCGGGUGCUCCGAUUUCCCCGCAGUCUAAACACAUGCUCUAUAGGUAAAUUGGGUUAAGUAAAUUGGCUGUAGUGUAUGUGAGUGUGUGUGAAUGUAAAAGUGUAUGAGCGUUUUCCAAUGCUGGGUUGCAGCUGGAAGGGCAUCCGCUGCAUAAAACAUACUCCAGAGUAUUGUCGGUAUAUUCCGCUGUGGCAACCCCUGAUAAAUAAGGGACUAAGAAUGAAUGCUCCCGUAGAGGCAAGUUACUCUAAAACAAGCUGAGUUUGAGUGUUUGUAAUUUGUUUCUUCACACCACUGCGCAAUAGUCCAGUGCUUCAGCAUCUCCAUUGGCUCCCUGAUCACUCAUGUAUUGAUUUUAAGACUCUGAUUUUAAUCUACAAAGCAGUACAUUGAUUCACUCCAGAUUACAUGUGUGAUCUGCUGCACUGAAGGGUAAAAACCAUAAGAAGGUAAGGAAAACAUUACCCACAAUUAUCAGCAAUGCUGUUUCUUUGGAUUUCUUUAAGAAGCUUCUUAAGACACAUCUUAAUCUGUAAUCUUUUGCUUUUUAUUGUUUUAUUGAUUAUUGUGUGUGACUUUUGACUUGAUACUGGGAUUUUAUGUAAGCUUGUAAUUCUGUCUUGGGCUGCGUUUGUAUGUUGUUGUAUAUCUUGUAGGAAUAUUCAUUGGUUUAACUCCGGUAUGUUUCAUAAAUGCCUCCUAAUUAACAAUAGAUGAUUUAAUUAUGAUGUGUAAUCCAUGACAGUAGCAUAUUACCAAUAUCUCAUUUAGUAUAAAAUAUUAGUGUAUAUAAAAAUAUAGUGACUAUCCAGUAAUGUUUACAUUUUGAUCUGUGUAUUGGUCUGUGUGUUUGUCCCACCUCUUCUCCGCUGAUUGGACAGAUGGGUAAAAGACGACAGUGACUUUACAAGCACCAUCUUAAGUAAUAAUGCGAUUUUUAGCAACGUUAAGAUGAAAUUUUACCUCAUACUUGGGUCAUUUAGUCCCAAUUGUACCCUUUAAGCCCUUACCUGUCCCGAUUCUCUUUAGCUUGAAGGUGUAGGGGUAAGGACUGUGUAGUUCUUCAAGCAGAGAUUUUUCAGGACCACACUGCAGAUUAAAAGGUAUGAGAGCUUUCUCUAAAUACCCCACUUAAAGCAAUAACAUGGCUCCAAAGCCGAACAAGUAGACCCACAAAUGUAAAAAAGGAGCAAUGAUGUUCAAUAAAGAUGGAUGGUUUGUGCUUGCGUUAAAAACAACAACAACAAAAAAAGAUUGUGCAUAUUAGGAUUGUUUUAGGGGUGAAAAGCCACAGAAACAAAGCCAAACAAAUAUCCUUGGUUAGAACGUUUACCACUAAAUGAUGUGAAAAUCCGUGUCAUCGCUCAUUUUGAUGCAACAAUACAAAUUAAAUAGAGUAAAUCGGUUUUCUCAGCAGUAUAUUAUGCAUGGGGAGUG